AUGCGGACCCUCGCUCUCCUUGUGGCUUGCGCCAUGACCGCCAGUCACGGGGCUCGGCCCAGUGCCGAACAUGGACACCUCAGCUUUGAGCCAGAGCCAAAAGGGCUGCAUGUGAAGUGCAGCCAGAAGAUGAUUGGUGGCGAAUGUGGCGCGGGGAUGGAAUGCUGGGGAAACGGCAAGGUGCGUUUGGGCGCUCCCAAAUUGGAGGUGUCCAGUUCACCGAUGCGGGCGAGAACACGUGCUGCUUCCCGUCCGGGAGGAAACCAAACGACUUCCGAGCGGAAGGCCAAGUUAGCCUGGGCAACAAAGCGUGCUGCAGCGGGCAAUGGAUGGACUCGUCGGGGAUGGGGCUGCAUCCGGUCAUCGGCACCUGCGGCUAGAAGGCAAUCUGAGCGCCGGCACAUGCACCGUUCCCGACUCGUGCACGACCGGUGA